AUGGCACAUCCCAUAAACGUCAAGACACGUAACUCGGAUUGGAACACUACCAGAAGUUUUGAUGCAAAACCAGCUAUCCCACAACAAUCGAUUGAUCCACCUCGACCUGCGCGCGCGGGUUAUGAAUGGGUGUGGUUUCCAGCAGGAUAUUGGGCCGAGCGAGAAUUGUCAGAAUUUGUAAGCCCUACAGAGAAUCCAGAGCGUAUAAAUAGUAAAAGUCAUUUGUUUUCGAGAGCUGCUGAGCGCCAGAGCCAUGACUCUGAGGAUUCUACCUCGCCAAAAGGCUCUAGGAGAUUUUGGGGGAGUUUUUCUUCCAAAGUCGUUAAGCAGUAUUCCGCUCAAUCGUUCAAGGGUUCUAUCCAUGGAUCUGCUAUCUCUUCAAGUAAGAGCGAAAAAUUUCUGAAUACGUUGAAUUCGAUAUCGCCGACUUAUCCACGUUACGUUUCGCCCUCGGGAGAGCUUGAAGGGCUGUAUGAUAAGACAAAGCGCAACAUAAUCGAAAGACGACAUCUUGCAGUCCCCUUCGGCAGAAGAAAGAAAAUUAAGGCCGAGACACCACCUGUUGGGUCUUCAGGAGUUACUUCAUCUACUACUCACACUGCUCGAGUUCUCGAAGGCGUCGUUGGCUAUUUCGAUAUACACGCUGAUAAGCUUCAUGGUGGACCAUCAACUACAGCAUCUUCGAAUGCAUCUGAUGGAUCGAAACGCCGAUGGAAAUUGGGCGCUCCAUGGCACCGGAGAUUAUCUGACCACUCAAUAUCUGCAACUAGUUCCAUAUGUGAUCUAUUGGCUGGAAAAACACCAAUGGGGACACCAAAAUCUGGAUCUCGUUAUAUUGGCACAGCAGGAAAAUCUUACGUGAAAGUUGAAAUAUCGGACCAUGAUGCACCUACCUUUUUACCGUCUGAAGCACAACGCCAUGACACGCCGCAAUGGUCUCCCAAGCGAGAACGGCGUGGCUUUCUUCCAAACAUGUUUCCGUAUGACAGCGAGCACAAAGUAUCGGACAAACCUGGUAUGGGUGCAGCAAGACCGCGACGCGACACGAAUCGUUCGGCCUUGCGAAACCUUCUGAAGACCCCAACACUGUUGACCCCAGGAAGUCGUCGCGAAUCGUCAGAUUCCGAUAAAUGUUCCACAGUGAGGGGAUCUUCGACUGUGAGAUGUUCUGCAUCACAACAUAUCCCAAAAGCCCAGAAUUUUGAACUAAACGUCCCUGAUCACUUACCUAACAGUCCUCUCUGUCCAGCGAACCCUCUGCACAUAAGCAAAGGGCAGGGAAUGUGUCCAUUGCAUGGCCGCGGCAAAAACAGAGGUCAUUCGCCUAAUACCAGUAGAAGUCAUACACCCGAUAUUGAGAUAGUAGUGACGGCAUCAGAUUAG